CGGAAGUGAUAUCAGCUAUUCGCUUUAGCGUCAAAACAAGCUAACAGAUGAAACAUUUAGCAACUACCGGGCGUGAGUUGAUGUGAGCAAUAUUUCUGGAAUGGAUAGAUAAUUUCCAACUGUUUUGUAGUGAUAAAGCAUUCGAAAUGAGCGACGUUGUGGAGAAGACUCUGAUCGCUCUGCCGAGCCUGCUGUCUGUGGACUCUCAGUCCGGAUCCUCCAAACUGUCCGGAUCCUCCAAACUGGGAAACCUCAUCAGAGCUAUUACUGACCUCACCUCCAAAACAGAGGAAGAAAAGCUUAUUCAGCAGGAACUGGUAUCAGUCAAAGACCAAUUAUCCUCCCCCAACACCUCCAUGAGGCAGAUGAAGGAGCUGAUGGUGAGAGCGAUCUACUGUGAAAUGUUGGGCUACGAGGCCUCAUUCAGCUAUAUCCAUGCUAUUAAAUUAGCUCAACAAGGAUCUGUGCUGGAGAAGAGAGUUGGUUACUUAGCGGUGUCCCUGUUUCUGAAUGAAGGUCAUGAGCUGCUGCUUCUCCUUGUGAACACUGUAUUGAAGGAUCUGCAGAGCACAAACCUUAUUGAAGUAUGCAUGGCUCUUACUGUUGUCAGCCAAAUAUUCCCCAAUGAUAUGAUACCUGCCAUUCUUCCCCUUGUGGAGGAAAAGCUUACUCACCCAAAAGAAGUCAUUCGAAGGAAAGCAGUGCUGGCAUUGUACAAAUUCUACCUAGUAGCACCCAAUCAAGUUCAACACAUUCACCACAAGUUUCGCAAAGCUCUUUGUGACAAGGAUCCAGGUGUUAUGACUGCCUCACUGCACAUCUACUUACAGAUGAUCAAGGAGAAUCCAGAAGGUUAUAAGGACCUGACAGCAAGUUUUGUCACUAUAUUGAAGCAAGUUGUGGGUGGAAAACUGCCCAUGGAUUUUAAUUAUCAUAGUGUUCCUGCUCCGUGGCUUCAAAUCCAGCUUCUCAGAAUACUGUCCUUACUCGGGAAAAAUGACCAGAGUACAAGUGAGAUCAUGCAUGAAGUGCUCGAUGAGUCUUUACGAAGAGCAGAGAUGAACCACAACAUCACUUAUGCGAUAUUAUAUGAGUGUGUAAAGUGUAUAUACACAAUUCAUCCCCAAUCUGCACUUCUGGAAAAAGCGGCAAAGUGCAUUGGAAACUUUGUUCUUUCAUCAAAAAUCAAUCUCAAAUAUCUGGGCUUGAAGGCACUCACAUAUGUGGUCCAGCAGGAUCCUAAGCUGGCCUUACAGCAUCAGAUGACCAUCAUAGAGUGCCUGGAUCACCCCGACCUCAUAAUCAAGCAUGAGACGUUGGAGUUGCUGUUUAGGAUUUCUAACGCUCAAAAUGUCACAGUCAUUGUUGAGAAGAUGCUGGAGUUUCUGCGCGUUAGUAAAGAUGACUACACAACCAUUGACCUGGUGGGGAAGGUGGCAGAAAUAGCAGAAAAAUAUGCACCAGAUGCUGAAUGGUUCAUUCAGACCAUGAACACAGUGUUUUCAUUGGGUGGAGUCAUGAUGCAGCCUGACAUUCCAAACAGUUUCUUUAAGCUUCUGUCUGAGGGAUUUGACAGUGUGGAGGAGGACAGGAAGUUGAAGCUGUUUGCUGUCAAUUCCUAUGUUUCCUUACUACAAGGAGAGCCUGGAAAACUGCCCCAGCGUUUUCUUCAAGUUAUCAGUUGGGUCCUCGGGGAGUACACUUAUUUAAAUGAGGAGCUUGAAGCAGCCACAGUCCUGAGGCUGUUGGCCAGGCUACUGGACAUGAAGCACACCAGCAAUGAAACCAAGACCUGGGUCCUCAUGGCAAUGACCAAGCUCUGCGAGGGCGGCGCUGGCAUCACUGUAGCCCAGGAGGUCUCUGAAACAUACAGCAGUUCUCUGGACACCGUGCUAAGGCAGAGGGCGCAGGAGCUGCAGCACCUCAGUCAAGACUCGGACCUUCGAGCAAGAGUUCUUCCUCAAGAUGGUGACCUAGAGCAUCUGGAGGUGGAUUCUUCUCUGUCAUUUCUGGAUGGGUUUGUGUCAGAGGCGUUGGCUGCUGGCGCUGCUCCAUAUAAGCCUCCACAUCAACGCCAGGAGGAACUAACUCAGGCAAGAGCUUUGAGCCUGGAGCCUUACAGUCUCUCCCUGCCCAUUAGUUUGGCCUCCUGCAGUAUAGCUGACAGACAGUCUCCUACGCUGUUAUCGGUCAGCUCCGGUGUGUUAGGCAAUAGCACAGAUCUCUCCCAGAAAGAAGUCUCAGCAACUCUAAAGCUGGAUGGAGUGAAGAGGGUGUGGGGUAGGGAGGGCUAUCUGUCCCAAAGUGCACCCGUGGAGGAACCUGUACAUGUUGAGGUUCCCAGUCUUCUGCACUCACCCAUCCAGCAGGGUGAGCCUGAGAUCACACGUAGCCCGACUCCCACUCAGACGAGUGAGCUGAAUCAAGAGAAGCAGCAGCUGGCGUCUUCACUGUUUGUUGGCCUGGGUUCCCAAAACUUUGUGUCACUGAUGGAGAAAUCUGAGCAAACAUCCCAUCGGUUCAGAAGAAACACCAGAAGCCGGGGCCCAUCAUCAUCAUCAUGUGCCAGCGAGCAGAUGUCCACCACCAUCAGAUCUAGUCUCAGCACUGUAGAUAACUUGCUGUGUAACAACCUGCUGGACUCACCCUCAGAACUGGCUGUUUCUACACCUGAACAGGCAUCUCAACCAUCUCAAGAUUUCAUUCCUGUUAAUGGCACCAGUGAUGUAACGGGGGACUUUUCUGAAGGCGAAAUGACAAAAAGUAGCCAAUCUUUUAUCAGGGAUGAAGGCAUGUUAGAGGUUAAUUUAACUCCAUAUGAAGAUCUGGACAGACUUGAAGAUUUAUCUCUCAGUUUCCAUCUGCCUGCAGAGCUUUCUGGUCUCCCUCAAUCAGAAAUCAUUCUUCUGUGUUCAGAACAGAAACUCCAUCUUUCAGCCUGUCACGUCCAGAAAAAGGACUCUUUAGUAUUUGUUAUUUUAGUUACAAACAAGUCUGACAUGAACACUGAACAGAUAGUACUUCAGGUCGACUCUCAAGAACUGGAGGUGUGCUUUAUGUGCGAUAGUCCGAUGGAGGAGGUUAAGAGUCACACUGUGGCAGUGAGCCAGUAUUCAUUGGUCGUGAAGAGACCAUCACCUCACUUUGAAUUGGUUGGGACUUUAUCUUACCAGUUGCCUGUUGGGACUCCUCAGACACUACAGUUCUCAUACAAACUCUCUCUAACUAACUUCAUCAGACCUUUGACCGUGUCCACAGAGGAUUAUGGGAAAAUGUGGCUGAACUUCUCAAAUGAUACAAAGCAGAACCUCAUACUUGUUAGCGAUGGACAGGAACCGUUCACAGCCACACUGAAUUUACUGAGGAAGAAACUUGACAUUCAUGUUGUGGAAAUCAUAGGAACCGAAGCCAUUGUAGCAUGUUGUCUCCUGCAGGGAGAGCCGUGUCUCUUGCACUGCCGGGUGCAUGCGGGCACUCUGGCGGUGUGGCUGCGCUCUCCUGUCCCUGAUCUGCCUGACUGCCUCCUUUACCACUGUCAGAGAGUUUUGCAAGAGCACUGAGGCCUCACUGCACCUCCACCACCAGACCCUCACCCACUGAGGAGGAAGGUACACAGUGUGGUAGAGCUGAUCAGAAAAGUACAGUGUGAAGUGUGUGAUGUGGAGCAUUUUUACAUUGAAGUAUUUACAUUUUCAUGGUCUCUUUCAACAUGCUUUAACACACUUUGAUUAUGUUGUAUUUCUAUGUUUAAAAUUUAUUUAUUUUAACAGUUAUAUUGACACACGUCUUCACUAAUCGGUUCAUUUACUAAAUGUGGUGAGUUGUGGCCUCGGGGCUCAGGGAUUAUAUGUUAAUGCUCCUGUGGAACUAACAUUUACGUCUUAAAAAGAUGAGUCUUUGUAGGCACCAUGAUGACUUAAUAAUUAAAAUGCUUGAAGCAUUGUGAAUGGACUAAAUUAAUACUUUGUAUUGUAUUAAUUGUAUUAUUAUUUUCGCUGACAAAGAGAGGAGGGAUAUUGGCCAUGUGAUCGCUCCUAUCUGUUUACAAUGAAAACUCAAAAGUAGACAACAGAUUUUGGUGAAUCAUAUUAGAGAGGUGACCCUUAGGAAGAUGAUUAAAUUUUGAGGCACAGCUGAGUCUGACUCAAAUGUUUCUUUGAUCUCUUUAACAUUGUGAGAUAGGUUUUCUUUUUAUUUCUUUUAUGGUGUAGAUUACAAGAACCAAUCUUAUGACAUUGGAGUGAUUUUUUUUUUUUUUUAUCCUGCUGAAUGGACUACAUGUUCUAAGGUUUGUGGCGUACUUCCUAUUUCAAAUAAUGCUGUUUUUGGUCAUUACCGGUUUGUCUUUUAUUCAUGGUGUUCAUGCUAUUUCAGCACAAGUAUAUUCAAGGUAAAUAUUUAACACAGAAUAUUUUCAAAAACAGGAGAAGAAAUACUCCGAACAUUGCCGAACCCCACUUUGUUCGGCUUCAUCCAAAUUUAACAGCUUACUAAGCUUUUAUGGCUGAAGCAGCUGUUAAGUGCGCUUGUUUCUAGCGCAGGAGGUUCCCAGUUCAAACCCGUCCCUGCACAUUCUUCAAUUUGGAGUUGCAUCAGGAAGGUCAUCUGGCGUAAAAUCAACAUACAGAUCCACCUCUGAUCUGCUGUGGGGACCCCAAGUGAAAACGAGGGAGGUGCCAAAGGGAUUUACUUACUGAGUUUUUAUGGCUCACAUGGUUAAACAGCCUCUGUUAGCAGCAGCCCACAUUACACAGCAGGUUUUAUUUUAGUUUUAGGUUUUAUACCCAUAAUUUCAUUCCUUUAUUUAAUUUGUUGGCUGGUGCUUUCAUUGUCCUGCAAAUCUGAUAUUUUGGUAACUCGAGCAGGCAGCAGGAGUCAUUGUUAGACCAGAAACUAAAGAGCAGUAGUAAGUAGAAAGCAGAUGUGAUCAAGUAACCCAUUUUAAUUAAUCUCAACCUAAUUUACAAUAUCACAAAGAUCUGUAGAGGAUUUGUACUGAUGUCAGAUGUCAUGUACGAACAUCUGCCAUGUUGGUAUCGUGUGGGCUGAUGUUCCCAUUAGGUCGUCAGAUAAGAGACUUUCAAGAUACUGUUGGUUUUAAUGAACCUGGUGACACCGACCGAACGGUCCCCCCUAAAAAUCAGUCUGCCCUGCCUUCACUGCACAUGCGUCAUUAGCCGGGGUUCACGGAUUAACACCUCGUUUCUGCUUAAAACUGCACUCCAGUCAUCAUGUAUCUCAGCAACAGCUUUCUAAAGCUUUUGUACAACAAUCAUUUCCACAUAAGUUCAGCAUUAUUUCAUAAUAAAAGACGGAGGAAGCGAUCGGAGUGCUGCAGCUACAAGAGAUGCUAGCUGAUGCGUUCACUGCGUGUCGGUAAUUUCAAAGCGUCACCAAGUGUCGCCUCGUUUCUGCUUAAAACAGCCUCGUUUCUGCUUAAAACUGACUUUAGAAUGAUUUAA